AUGAACAAAACUGCAAUCAUAUGCUACUUACAAACCAAAGUCACCCAAAAGUUUAAAACUUGGGGUAAUAUGAUGACUGGAAGAGUAUUCACUCUGAAAUAUAUAUUCACUGAUGUUGAGAAAUUCAAGCAACAUCAAUAUCUCUUUAGUCCAGAAGAAGAACAUUUUGGAGUCGAAUGGUAG